AUGUACACCACGCACACGCUUUUCACCCUCUUCGCCAUUGCGGCCGCGUUGACUCUCAACUUGGCAAUUGCCGCUUCUAUACCCCCUCGCGGCAUUCUCGAUGACCUCAACCCCGUCAACAACAAGCGCUCCGAAAUUGAUGCUGAGAUCGCUAGCGACGGAGAACCCUUGACCGACCUGGGCAAAUUCUACAUCUCUCGCAAGCGUCUCGAACUCAAUGAUGCGAUGGAGAGGAGUUCCGACGAUCUGGGGAAGUACUACAUUUCUUGA